AUGAAUGUAGGGAAGUGGCUAUCUUUGGUUUUAGCUGUUAUUUUGUUUGAAUUUUUGGGUUAUAGAAGAAUACAGGCAUCAUUCACUCCUACUGAUAACUACUUAAUUGUUUGUGGUUCUUCACAAAAUGUCACAUUUCAAGGUAGAACUUUUGUUCCUGAUUUUCUUCAUUCUUCAAUUUCCUUAAAGACCAAAAGAAGUUAUUAUGUUGCUAGCUCUAAUUCCAGUGUUCCAUCUUCUAUAUUUCGAUCUGCUCGGAUUUUUUCCAGCAUUGCUUCAUACGAGUUCGAUAUCAAACAACGAGGCCGGCAGUGGGUCUGGCUAUACUUUUUUCCUGUUGCAGUUCCAAAAUCGGGACAUAACUUGAUAUCUGCUCCAAUAACGGUUGUCACUGAUGGUUUCGUGUUGUUGAACAACUUCACUUUCGAGAACUAUAAUGGUUCUUUUUUGUUCAAGGAGUUUGCAAUCAAUGUGACUUCUGCUACCUUGACGCUUACGUUUGUUCCUUGGAAUGAUUCAGUUUCGUUUGUUAAUGCGAUCGAAGUUGUGUCCAUCCCGGAUUCAGUCUUGCCUGACCAGGCAUUAGGUCUGAAUCCAUCUACUCCUAUUAGUGGUCUUUCGGAGUUUGGGAUGGAAACUGUUUAUCGGUUAAACAUGGGAGGGCCGUUAAUUAGUGCUCAGAAUGAUACACUUGGAAGAAUAUGGGAGAAUGAUUCGAAAUAUCUCCGUGUAAAUGGUUCUUCUCUGAAUGUUUCGAUUGAUCCAGCUUCCAUCAAAUAUACUGAUUCCAUUACAGAGGAAACAGCACCGAAUUGGGUCUAUGCUACUGCUGAAACCAUGGGUGAUGCAAAUGUAUCUAACAUGAACUUCAAUGUAACUUGGGUCUUCCCUGUCAAUCCGAACUUCAGGUACUUCGUCCGGGGACAUUUUUGUGAUAUCUUAAGUCAGUCUCUCUAUGCUUUGGUUUUUAAUCUGUACAUAAAUGAUGAUAUUGCUGCUGCAAGUCUUGAACUAUCGACGUUGACGAACAAUCUAAACGUGCCUUACUAUAUGGACUUCAUCUCCAGUUCCUCAGCGGGAUCUGAUACUUUGACUGUUAGUAUCGGUCCGGAUUCAGUGACGGAUAUCACUAAUGCAACACUGAGCGGGUUGGAAAUUAUGAAAAUAAGCAAUGAAGGUGGUAGCCUCGAUGGGAUUUCUUCUGUAAAGAAUCUCCUUCUGCUAUCAUCUUCGAAGAAGAACAAGAUAUGGAUAAUAAUUGGUUCUCUUGUUGGAGCUGUAAUUGCAGUGGCAUUCAUCGGAUUCUUUUGUUGUUGCCUGUUGAUGUGGAAGUCUAAAACUAAUCAUCAAGGACAUCCCUUACAUGGAAACUCUCAAACAAUGACCAAAAUGUCAAUGGCAUCAAAAAGGAGUGGAACGGCAAGCUGCAUCUCAUCGGCUUCCUUGAGUUUCGGUCGAUUCUUCACCUUCCAAGAAAUCCUUGAUGCAACCAACAAAUUUGAUGAGAGUCUACUUCUAGGAGUUGGUGGUUUUGGAAGGGUCUAUAGAGGUAUGCUUGAAGAUGGGACUAAUUGUGCUGUCAAAAGAGGUAACUCAAGAUCCGAACAAGGCCUUGCUGAAUUUAUGACUGAAAUUGAAAUGGUAUCUAAACUUCGUCACCGUCACCUUGUCUCUCUUAUUGGCUACUGUGAUGAAAGAUCGGAAAUGAUUCUUGUUUACGAGUAUAUGGCUAAUGGACCCCUUAGAAGCCAUCUUUAUGGAACAAAUUUUCCAUCUCUAACAUGGAAGCAACGACUUGAAAUAUGCAUUGGAGCUGCUAGAGGACUUCAUUACCUCCACACAUUUGCAGCCCGAAGCAUUAUUCACCGGGAUGUGAAGACAACAAACAUUCUCUUGGAUGAGAAUUUCGUAGCCAAAGUAUCAGAUUUCGGUCUCUCUAAAACAGGUCCAGCUUUAGAUCAGACACAUGUGAGUACUGCUGUUAAGGGUAGCUUUGGCUACCUCGAUCCCGAAUACUUUAGAAGACAGCAACUCACUGAGAAGUCUGAUGUGUAUUCAUUUGGGGUGGUUCUGAUGGAAGUUCUCUGUGCUAGGCCGGCUUUAAAUCCAGUUCUCCCAAGAGAACAAGUUAAUAUCGCGGAAUGGGCAAUGAGCUGGCAGAAAAAAGGUAUGUUGGAUCAAAUCAUGGAUUCUAAUCUGGUCGGGAAAUUGAAUCCGGCUUCUCUUAAGAAGUACGGAGAGACAGCUGAGAAAUGCCUAGCUGAGCAUGGCACUGAUAGACCAUUGAUGGGAGAUGUUUUAUGGAACCUCGAGUAUGCUCUUCAGCUGGAGGAGACCUCAUCAGUGCUAACUGAACCCGAUGAUAACAGUAUGAACCAUAUCCCGAUGAUUCGGUUGACACCGCUUGAGUCAUUUGAUAACAGUGUAACCAUGAUCAACAGGGGAAAUUCUGGCACCGAUUGUGAUGCCGAAGAUUCACUCAUAAAUCCUUGUGGACGGUAGAUGAAUCAGAGGUUUAUGUUUAUUAUUACAAUUACAAUGUUCCAUUAUACAACCAUCAAUGCAAACAUAAACAACAUAAAAA